CGCGGGAGGGGGCGCGGCCUAGCCCUGGCGAAGGCGCUGGCUGAGUGGUGGGGCGGGGCGCUGCGGGGACACGGCUGGAAGCGGCCGGGCAGGGUGAGCAGGCAGGCAGGCAGGCAGGCGGGCGUGAGAGAGAGCGGGAGCGGCUGCUGCUGGCUGUGAGGGGCUGCAGGCAGCGGUCCUGCCCGGGGGCAUCUGUAUUUGAGCUCCCAGAUCUUUAGUUUGUGGAGGGCGCGGAAUUCAGAGCCCGCGGGGCGGCGUGGAGCCCCUGAAAUCGGCAAGAGACUCAGACCAAGCCCCGGCCAGGCACCGCAGGCGGCUGGCUGAGGGUGGCUGUAACUGUUCCUCCCCUGGCGCGAGCUCGAGGGGGCGGUGUGUCGCGCGGGGGGCUGGGUGAUCCGCGCCUACUCCAGAGGCGGGCGGAGCUUUCCCGCAGAAUCCCGCUGCUCUGCCUCGGGCGCCGCCGCUCAAAGUCGGAGCCCUCCUGGCGCCCUGGGAGCUGUUUUUAGGAGGCUGCUCAGGUUGUCCCCGAGUUUCCUCACCAUCGGUCCUGCUCUCUCCCCAGAUACUGAGGCUACUGCCAGGUUGGUUUGUAGUAUAGCUGCAGGACGUGGCUGCUUGCUUCUAAAGGCAGUUUUUCUGCAGAGCCUGGGGGCCCUUUCCUUGCCUGCGGGAUGCCACAGCUAAGACCUCGGAAAGUGCAGCUAAGUAGGGAGGCACUGACUGCUACGAUGGGGCCCUGCCCACAACCUGUAGAUGCAGGGAUGGGUGCGCACUCUGGGGACUUCUCUGCGGCCAGGGGGAACCCUCAGCGGGAGGCGAAGAGGAGAGCAAUGCAUUCCUUAUCCUGCUCUUCAUCACCUAUCCUGUUCUCCAGGGUCCCAUGUGAGCAGCUCCCAGGAGUAGCAUCUAUGGAGGAGCAACAUGGGACUAAUACGAGGCUUCUAGGUAAAAGAAAGGAAGGGAGACGAGGCCGCAGAGGAAGAGGCAUUGCUGCUGCUGGAGGCAGAAGAGAAGCAGCUUUACAGGUUUCAGACCAUGCUGCAACUGAAGUCUGGGACAAGGUGAUGGUGCCAGUAGGGAGGAGUUGGGAAAAGGCUAUCCAUAGAAAGAAAGGACAGGGAUUGCAGCAGUUUUCCUCUGGAACUAGGUUGGAAGAGAAAUUGGCAACAGAGAUUGAGGGAAAACUAAGUAGUAGCUGCUCAACAAAUUUGGGACUGUUGGGACCCCAAGAGGGAUUAGGAAGUCCAGGGGAAAAGAGCAGACAUUCCUUAAUGGAAUUAAAGUUACAAAUUCCAUGCCCCAAGGAAGAACUGGUGAGCCCAGAGAGGAGUGACAGAUGCACCUUGUCAGAACCAGAAGUGCUGGGGCCUGGGAAGGAUGCAGGGAGCCUGAUGGCACUGGAUCUGCAAAUCUCAGACUCUGAGAAGGAAAUAGGGAGCCUGAGUGAGAGGAGCCAAUACACCUUGGUAGAACCGGGGCUUCAGGAGGAAGUAAGGAAGCAGGGAAAAAGGGGCCAGCGCUCAUUUUCAGAACCAAGAGUGCUGAGGCACAAGGAGGAAGAAGAAAGCCCAGUGAAAAGGGACAGAUGUUCGUUGGCAGGGACAGAGUCUUGGGUAAAAACAGGGAGCCUGGGGAAGAGGGGAAGGUGCUCCUCAUCUGUCCCGAGACCCCAGGAGAAAAUAGGGAGCCCAGUGAAGAGGGACAGAUGUGUUUUAACAGAGAUGGGGGAGUCAGGGCCUCUAGAUGAAAAAAGGAGUCUGGGAAAAAAGGGUAGGCAGUUUUUGGUGGAAGUGAAACUAAAGAGCCCAGGGAAGAGAGGCAGACACUCAUUGGGAGUGCUGCAGCCACAGACACUAAGCCUCCGAGAAGAACCAGUAAACCCAGGAAAGAGGCUCAGGCGUUCCUUGCAACUACAAAGCUCAGGCCCCCAGGAGGAAGUAGGAAGCCUGGGGAAGAGGGGUAAGCACUCAUGCACUACUGAGGAAUCACAUCUCCAAAGCUCAGGUCCCCAGGAGAGUACAGGUAGCCUAAGGAUAAGGGACAGGCAUUCCAUGGUGGUACUGCAGCCACAGAGUCUAGGCCUCCAUGAGGGAGCAUGUAGCCCAGGAAGGAGAGGCAGGAGCUCUUUUGUGGAACUAUGGCUACCAGGGCCCCAGAAGGAAGCCUGUGGGGAAAAGGGUAGGACUUACUUGGAGGCGACAGGAACCUCAGAACACAGGAAGAGGAGCAGAGGCUCCUCAGCAGAUGAAAGGGUGAAGAUGGUGACCCGGGCUGCUUCUCAGCCAAGGCUGAUAUGUGGGAAGGAUUAUGAAGACCAGCGCUGGAGGCAAGGCAGGGGUUCUGCUGCUGGAAAUACUCGAGGGAGCAGACGAGGGAAGAUGGAGCAGCAACAGGUUGUAGGGCAAGAAGUGGGUUCUACACCCACUGAUGAUCUGUUCAGUAGUAGAAUAGAGGACAAUGGUGAGAGACAAAAAGAUGGAAAGGAAGAGGCUGUGGUUUCAGCUGAACUAAAAUUAAAGAUCAGAAAGCCUACAAAGAAAAAAAUAACAGUUAAGGAAGACUCAGAUGCACAGGAUGGAAAGCAGCUAGAGACUAAUCUAAAUAAAUCAAAAGAUUAUAACGUAAAGAAACCACUAGUAGCGUACUCGGAAUAUCUCCAGGUAGCUAAGUCAGAUGGAACUCAGAGCAAGAUACCAGUAUGCCCCGGUUUAACAAGGGGAUUUGCAGUACAAUGUAACAGGAGAAGAAAUACAAUCACCAAGAUCAGAUGUUUACAGAAUUUGGAUGUAAAAGUAACUGAAAAUAAAGUGACAAAGAGCAGACUGGUAGAGUCUGAGGAUGAAAAGUGCAGAGAAGCCCCAAAUUAUCAUAAUAGCAUGCCAUCCACAGUAGAAAAGAAUCCAGUUGUAAAAUUAUAUGACUGUCGUUACCUUAAUACAUUUGUAAAGUCUUCAGUUGAUGCAACCAACAGCAGUUACCAAAUUGGUGGUGGAUUCUUGCAUGUAGCACAGGGUAAGAGAGAGAGGUUUUGUCCUGACAGUGUUACGGGACAGAGUGACAUGAAUAGCAAGCUUAAUGUAAUGCAAAUUCCCACACAGAAAAGUAUAUCAUUUGAUAAAGAAGGAAUAUGCCAAAAUAGAAAAAAUGGUCAAAAUGAAAACAGUAAGUGCUUGAGGGAAAGAAAGUGGAGUAUUGAUAGAAAGCCCAGGAAAAGGAUGAAACUUUUUGAAAAAUCAUCAGUCCAGAAUGUUCUCCCAGUUAUGAACAACAAAUACUGUGAAUAUGAGUUACAUACGGAAGAUAAAACUGCCACAACAGACUCUUUAGCAGUUUUAGAGUUAAAUAGCAAUGAAACUACUUCCUCAUCUUCGUUUGAUCAAAAAUCAAAUCCCCAUCUAGAACCAAAUACUCAAGGAGCACAAAAUGGUUGUACUGCCUCAGUUAAUGGAAAAAUGCACUUGAAACCCUGUACAACAGAAGAUAGUUUUGAGAAGAGACUUGAGCUAUCUGAAAUUGCAAAAGGAGAAAAGGGUGGUUUUGAUUCAGAAAGCAUAGAACAACAAGACCGCUUGAAUACCUCAAAUAGUCCAGAAGUGGUUACUUCGGUCAAUGACCACAUUUCUGAUUACUACAAUGAUGCCAGUUGCCAAAAGAGAGAGAGGAUAGUGUCAAAUGAAAAACUGAUAGUUAAUGUUGAGAAAUUACAACUAUAUAGCUGUCAAAGAAUAGUACCAAUGUCUGGUAAAAAUGUUUGGCCUCGUGAAUCAUGUGCUAGGACUUCUGAAUGGUUUCAUAAAAAUCACGUGUCUCUCCUGGAAGGAAAAACUUCAACUUCUGGUUCUCAGGAAUGCUCAUAUGAAAACAAUACUGAAGCUUUAAGAGAUAUGGUUUUAACUGAUAACUCCAGGCAAUUAGAUCGAAGUAUGCUAGAGGCAGAAAGUGUCAAAGAAUCUGCAUGUAAAAUAAUAAUGGAUUCUAACAUUGAAUGUCUGACUUCUGUUAGAACACCAGAGUCAUCGUUAUUGGAUAUUUGUGGGACUUUGAGGGUCACCUGUAAUGAAAAUCUAGAGUCAUCAGUGGAUAGUAGUCCCAUAGUUUCUAAGUCUGAAGGUAUCCGUGAAGCUCAGGUGACCUUAAAUUUGGCAGUAAAACAAAAGCAAAAUGAUAAAAACAAAGGAGCUUUAACAAAGAAAAAUCUGAUGAUGGCUCUCCAGGAUGGCAUACCUGAAGAUGACAAUAUAAGUAAAAUCAUUGUUAAUCAUAAGACAUCAAUGGUGAAAAAAACAGUUACAAUUCCAAACUUAAUGAAAAUGUUAAACACAGGAAAUCUAUCAAAUUUCAAAAUUCCUUUACGCAAAAAUAAAAUUGAAUCCAGGAAAGUGGACUAUAUUAGAUCAUUAGAUAAAGAAACAUACAGUCCACUGGAACGCCUUCACAAUUCUGCUGCUGCUCCAGCAAGGCAGAACAGAUCCAAGGAGAAUUCCUCUGUGGUAGUCUCUGAGCAGCAACCUGUCUCUGAAGAGGCCGAUAUCUCUGUAAGCCCCUUAAAGGAAAAUGCUGACCAAAUGAGCAGUAAGGACUUUGGCAGUGGUGAUUCUGAAAGUCUUUCAAAUGAAAUGAAUAUACUUUCUGAACAUGUUUCUACAUAUCAGUGUGCUUUUCUUGAGGGAGAAUUGGAGUCAUCUGCUCUUGAAGAUGUUACUGACUCUUCUGGUACUGCACAUAUAGAUCAAAGUCGCACACUAGAUUAUUCCAGUAAAACAGUUGACCAUUCUGUUUCAUUAGAAAUGCAUGAUGAUGAUAAAAAGAAAUCAAGAAUGGAUCUUUCACAGAGUAAGAUUAAAAACUUUCCAGAUGUUCUUAAGGCUUAUGAAGAUGAUAUUCUUGUGAUUGAUGUAAUUCAGGAUGACCCUGACCUUUUUGGAAACACUGAUGAAGGGGAGCUUGCAUUCACAAUGAACCAUGUGACUGAAAAGUGCUGUAAUAUCAGUACUACCCCAGAGGAAAAACAGGAUGUCAAGCCAAAAUGCCUUGUCCUUCCAGAAACUAAGGAUUCAAGGGAUUACUUUAGAGGGAGUCCUAUUCAAGAAUCUGGAACAUUGAAAUCUGUCACAGAUUCAUAUGAUGCACUGCUGAUAGCUAAUGAGAUUCAAAAACAUGAUUCCUCAAGUGGAAGCUGUCCCUUGGGAGGUGUAAUUGAGGAGUCUUUCGAGGAUGGGCAGCUGAUUGAAUCAGAUGAACUCUUAAAGGAUUCUCACAUGGAUGAGAAGUACAGAUUUUCAGGCAAGUUGGCCGCUAUAAAAGAAGAAAAAGUUAAUAUUCAUGAAGCUGAAAAAAGCAAUGAUUCUAAAUAUAUAGAAUUUGUGAGCAGUGAACUUCAGUUAGGAUUGCAACCGCCAUCACUGCAAAUUAAUGCCUACCAGGAAGAGACAGUACUGAAACCCUGGAUCAAUGAUUUCAGAUACUCAGGAAAAAGCUCUCUUUUGCCGUUGCCAAAUUCUGACUGUUAUGAACCAUGGAAAAUGGACAAAAAUGUGAUGGUUUCCCAUCUGAUCCAGCAGAACCUUGGGAUGAUUGAGUUGCCCCGUAAAUACUGCAGAUUUUAUUUCAGUACGUUGCGUGGCUGUGAGAGAGUGGAAUGUUGGUUUUGGCAUGUUCCUGAACAAGGAGAUGAAAAGAUUUGCAUGGCAAUACUUAAGACGUAUAUAAAUAUCAAUGAAUCAAGUUUGCUACAACGUUCAGUCCAGAUAUUUAUGAAUUACUACAGAGAAGUAACUCCGGGUGUGCAUUUUGAUUCACAAGUGCUGAAUGAUCUUCUCAUUUCUUUGAUCAAGUGUUGUUUGUUGAAAGAAGUAUUUCAGUUGUUAAAUGUUGCUGUAAUGAUUAAAAUGCUGCCAGCUGUUGAUGUAUUCCUGAAGGUGUUUGAGCAUGUGGCUUCCAUGAAUAUAAGAGAUGCUGUGCCUUCAUUAAUAGAUAUCUUUUGUAAGCUUUUUGAUGCUGGGAUGGUUUUUGAGCAUGAACAUUUUAACUGUAUUAUUAAGUUCCUUCACCAACUGCAAGUUUCCAGUCAAGAAAUUAAUGUUGUUUUGAACAUGAAAUCAAGAUUCCAGGCAAGAAAGUUUAAAAAGAACUGGCUUUGUGACUUAAAUUUGGCAAUAGCUGAAAUUCAGCACUGUAAAGAAAAAAGUGACUGGGCCAAAUUGGGAACUUUGUAUGUUAAUAUGAGAAUAGGAUGUGAAAAUUUUGGUGACCUUCAGAAAUUGAGUGUAUAUAUUGCUGACAUACUAACAAGAGACUCCAAGGAAGAGAGACCAGGAGUUCCUUUUUGUGAAUUUGCAGAAGCAGUUAUCAAAAAUCCACAACAUAAUGAAGCAGACAAAGAUUUCCUGGGAAGGACUGGGAUCAGUGUAAUGUAUUCUUAUCACACAGUACAGCAAUGGUCAAAGGGCAGGAAGGUUUUGGAUAAACUACAUGAACUGCAGAUUCAUUUCACAAGCUUGAAAGGACUUACUGGUCCAGAAAGGUUAGCAUCAAGAUGCCAAAUUGUUAAUUCUUCUGCAGAAAUCUUCCUUAAAAGUGGAAGUCUGGAUGGAGCAACAUGGGUAUUGAGAGAGUCAGAAUGGAUAAUAAAUACUCCAUUGUGGCCCUGUGAUAGAAUGGAUGUCCUCAAUCGACACAACCUGCUGUGUGCAAUUGCAUGUGAAUAUUUGACCAAGAAUCUAUGUAGACAAGCAUUUGAAGUUUUGCAGAAUCUACCAGGUUUCCAAAAUUGUUGUGACACUCUAGAUGUCUCCCAGUACAGCCUUCUUUUUAACAAACUUCUAGAUGCCUGUAUUGAGAGCAAGAGCCUUGGUAUAUCUUCUUCUGUAACAGACUUUAUGCUGUCAAAGAAUAUCCCCAUUGAUUUUACUUUAAUUAGAGGAUUAAUUACAGCAUUGGGAAGGAGCUGUUUGUGGCUUAAAGCCAGGACCUAUUACAAAAGUGCUUUAUCAUUGGGUUGCUACCCACCGCUAGAGGGAAAUUUAUACCGCAAACUUUUACUGAUUCCUUCUUACAUGUCAGAGAUUGAGAUGUUGCUGGCCAUUGAAAUAUUCCUAGUUUCAAAUGCUAGUAAUAUUCAGAGUCCGGGUGCCACCAAUCAGACACUUCAGAUAGUACUGAAAAGAUCCGAAGAACAAAAAAUGCGGAGUAAAGAUGACUAUCGAGCAGCAGUUGAGAGACUGAUUCAAGCUGCUCGUAUAUCCAAUCCAAAGCUUUUUCUUAAGCACAUGACAAUGAAUGUUAAUAUGGAACAGGUUUACAGUUUGGAACAUAAUUCUGCUCUAAAAUGGCUGAAAGAGAAUAUGAAAUGGGCUGGAAAGGUCUGGCUUUUCAGUAGUCAUUAGUUGGUAAAGACUUCUUUUUUUUUCUUUUUUGAGUAGUUGAAGUAAUCAUUGUUGAAAAUAAUAAAUCAAUAGAUAGUU